AUGGCCACCUUGAAACCACCCCCAGCACAACAUCGCUCUUCCUCAUCCUCACGUACACCAACCGGUCCACCAAAAGCUCCUCUAAAAGCAGACCCUUCCUCCACAAUCGCCGACACAGCCGUGUUCCAGGGAACAUACCCGGUAACCAUCGGCGCGAACACAAUAAUCCAUCCACGCGCCCGGUUCUACGCGUACGAAGGACCCAUAAUUGUUGGCGAUGGCUGCAUAAUCAGCGAAAAAGCCGUUAUAGGCGCUGCACCAAACACACCAGCCUCAUCACGAGGCUCAUCACGGGCUCCAUCACCGCGACCAGAUCGUGAAACAAGGACACCAGAGACACGGAGUGAAGAUUCAGAAUUCAAAAGCGGGACGACAGAAACAGAGACUACAACACGACUCUCUUAUUUCGUUAUUAUUGGUCCACAGUCUACCGUGCUACCUGGUGCACAUAUCCACUCCUCCGCGAAUAUCGAAUCCCUCGCUACAAUAAACCGAUACGCGGAUAUCGGGUCCCAUGUGAAGAUCUGUUCCGGCUGUACAGUUCCAGAACGAAGUUCUGUACCAGAGUGGACUGUUGUUUGGGGUUCUGGAAUCGGGCAAAGGAGAAGAAGAGUGCGUGAGGCGAAGUCUCCUGGUGCGGCUGUUUUAGUUGCCGCGCAUAUGACUCAGAGUCCUGUGCCAGAGGCAGCACCUGAGGGAAAAGUCAUUGAGGAUGCGAGAUUAAUGGUUCUUCAGAAGGAGAGGGAGGUAUUGGCACGAAUGAUUGUACCUGUUGGCGCAGGCAAGAAGAAAUGA